UUUUUUGUACUGUUGCAAAUGUUUAUUUUUAAAAUGCUAAAAGUAGCAGAAAUAAAGAUAAAAUCUAAUGGAUCAUGUUUCGCAGUUUUUCCAAAGGACUAAAUUUAAUAGCGAAUUUCGAUAAUACCGUUUGCUGUUUUAUUUUCUAUCCUUUAACACUGAUAUGGAACUACUUACAAUUACCUCGCGUACCUCAAUCAAAAGUUACACGCUUACGUUAUAUCAGUGUGUUGGUUAUAGUAAGCACAAUGUCUAUGUUCAUGAUAUCAACAAAAAGCUAUAAGUACUUAACUGAUUCGUUUUGUUUCAAGAUAGGUUACCAUAACUGCGAAUAUUUACAUGGAGUUGGGCCGGUUUACCGAAUGCUAUUUACUGUAUUUCUAUUUUUCUCGAUCAUGGCAGUAUUACUAAUUGGUGUUGAAAACUCUUUAUGCACCCGAGCAACAAUACAUAAUCAGUUGUGGAUUUUUAAAUCAAUUAUUUUGUUUGGUUGCACGAUUGCUUCGAUAUUUUUACCACGAUCGAUUUACACUGGUGAAGUUUGGCAUUUUUUUGGUUUAAACGGGGGCUUUGCGGUAAUUAUCGUGCAGUUUCUUUUUUUGAUUGACGCUGUUCAUAUUUUUAAUUCGAAAGUAAUUUCUUUAAUGGAAUAUAAAGAAUAUUCCAAUUCUUCGAAACUGUGUUUUUUAAUGCUAUGGAUACCAACAUCUAUUUUUUAUAUAGGUUCGUUAUUUGGUACGGUGAUGUUUUAUAAAAGAUAUAGUUCAAAAACUGACUGUAUCUCUAAUUUAUUUUUUGUCAGUUUUCAUGUUUACAUGUGCGUUGCCGCCACGUUUAUAUCUAUUCACCCAGUCAUUCAAGAAGUGAGGCCUAAGUCAGGAUUAUUGCAAUCUUCCAUUGCAUCAGCGUAUAGCACUUAUAUACUUAUGACAGCUCUAUCUAAUCAGCCUGAUGGUAUUUGCAAUCCAAGUCGAAACUAUUUGUAUCCGAUUGAUUCACUUAAAAACGAGCAAAUUAUUAUAAGUUUAGUUCUGAACCUCUUUAUAAUAAUCAUAUUUAGCUUAAGAUCAGUAAAGUCUCCGCAAUAUGGCAAAACAAAUAAUUCUCCUCUAAAUAAGCAAAAUAUAACUGAAAAACAAUCAAAUCAAACUAACAGUGACGACAACUCUCCAAAUAAAGAAUCAGAAAAUAACGAGUUACCAAAAAAAUUGAAAAUAGUUUAUGACGAUGAGUAUAAUGGAGUAGAGUACAGCUAUUCGUUUUUUCACACCGUUAUUGGUAUAAGUGCGUUAUAUACAAUGAUGGUAUUAACAAAUUGGUACAGACCUGAAGAAGAAGAAAACUUAAGUGUAAAACUUAUUGCUGGCUGGGGGGCGGUUUGGAUGAAAAUUUGCAGUGGAAUAUUUUGCGUGUUUCUUUACAUAUGGUCAAUGGUAGCACCGCUAUUGUUUCCAAAUUCAUAUAAAGAAUUAGUUUUUUAUGAAUUAUUUUUCACCGUAUACUCUUGAUUAAAAAUAAGUAGUUCCUAUAAACUUU